UAAAGCAGAUUCAUAUUUUUUAGAAGUUGCACAUGAAUUAUUAAAACAAAAAAAAUCAUCAGAUCCAUAUAUUCGUUCAGAUUUGUUUGAUACUGUUAAAAAUGAUACGCACAAGCCAUUUGAAUUUCAGCACAUUCAUGGUCGUGGAUUAGGCUGUAUAAUUGCAGAUGAACAUCAAGGGCAAGCACUUG